UGCUGCUGCUGCUGCGUGAACGACAGACAGAGAGAACUGUAGCGGUCUCCUUGUUCUCAAGCAGCCAGCGGCGGGUUGCUCGGCUCGGAGUGCGAUCGCAGCGAUGUGCGCGUAGAUGUGCAAAAACCUCUGGAAUAUCCCAUUGCUGGAGAAGCUGCAAGCGGCCAGCGUGGAGGACCGCGUCUGUUCAGCCGACUAAAGGGAACUGAGGGACGGCGAGAGCAUGGCGGUAGAAGAGGAAGGUCUGCGGGUUUUUCAGAGCGUUAAAAUUAAAAUAGGAGAAGCUAAAAACAUCCCUCCGUACCCGGGGCCAAACAGGAUGAGGGAUUGUUACUGUACUGUCAACCUGGAUCAAGAAGAAGUCUUCAGGACCAAGAUUGUGGAGAAGUCGCUGUGUCCCUUCUAUGGAGAGGACUUCUAUUGUGAGAUCCCACGUAGCUUCAGACAUCUCUCCUUCUAUAUCUUUGACAGGGAUGUCUUCAGGAGGGACUCGAGUAUUGGUAAGGUUGCGGUGAAGAAAGAAGACCUGCAGAAAUACCACGGGAAAGACACCUGGUUCCAACUCCAACCUGUCAGCGCUGACUCAGAAGUGCAGGGAAAAGUGCACCUGGAGCUCCGUUUGAGUGAAGUCAUCACAGACAGCGGAGUCAUCAACCACAAACUGGCCACGCGAGUGCUGGAGUGCCAAGGUCUUCCAAUCGUCAAUGGGCAAUGUGACCCUUAUGCUGCUGUCUCGCUACUUGGACCUUCCAGGUCCGAAGCAAAGAAGACCAAGGUGAAGCGGAAAACCAAUAAUCCACAGUUUGAUGAAGUUUUCUAUUUUGAGGUGACACGGCCCUUAAGCUGCACAAAGCGACAAUUUGACGUUGAAGAGGAAGACGUGGACAAACUGGCUUUGAGGGUGGACCUGUGGAAUGCCAGCAACUUGAAGUUUGGUGAUGAGUUCCUGGGAGGUGUGCGGGUUCCUCUCAGAGUCUUGGGUCAAUUUGGAGUCCACGAUGCGUGGUACUAUCUUCAGCCCAGGGAAAAUGCAGGCAAGUCUGUGAAGGUAGAAGAGCUGGGAUCGCUACGCCUGAACAUCGUUUACACCGAGGACCACGUCUUCCCAUCGGAGCACUACACCCCGCUCCGAGAUUUGCUGCUGGAUUCUGCAAACGUACAGCCCGUGUCGGCGUCCACCGCAAAUAUUUUGGGAGAGGUGUGUCGGGAGAAGCAAGAAGCCGCAAUUCCGCUCGUGCGGCUCUUCCUCCAUUACGGCAAGAUCGUGCCUUUCAUCAGCGCCAUCGCACACGCCGAAGUCAACCGGACGCAGGAUCCCAACACCAUUUUCCGGGGGAACUCGCUCACGUCCAAAUGCAUCGACGAGACCAUGAAACUGGCAGGGAUGCAUUAUCUCCAAGUCACACUUAAACCAAUCAUAGAUGAGAUCUGCACAGAACACAAGCCCUGCGAAAUCGACCCAGUUAAGCUCAAGGAAUCGGAAAACCUCGACACAAAUAGGGAAAACCUUCGCCACUAUGUGGACCGUAUCUUCAACGUCAUCACCACAUCUGGCGUUCGCUGCCCCACUGUUAUGUGUGACAUCUUCUUCUCGCUAAGAGAGUCUGCUGCCACUCGUUUCCAAGAUGAAGACCAAGACGUGCGGUACACAGCAGUGAGCAGUUUCAUCUUUCUGCGUUUCUUUGCUCCAGCCAUCCUGUCGCCCAAUCUCUUCCAGUUACGCCCUCACCACCCGGAUGCCGCCACCUCCAGAACGCUUACCCUCAUCUCCAAGACCAUCCAGACGUUGGGAAGUCUUGCCACGUCAAAAUCUGCUAAUUUCAAGGAGACUUACAUGGCAGGAUUUUAUGACUACUUCAAUGAGCAGAAGUAUGCUGAUGCUGUGAAGAAUUUUCUAGACCUCAUAUCAACUUCCGGCAAGUGGGAUCAGAAGAGUAUUGAAACACCAAUCAUGCUCAAAGAGGGAUUUAUGAUAAAGAGAGCGCAAGGAAGAAACCGAUUUGGAAUGAAGAACUUUAAGAAGAGAUGGUUUCGUCUCACCAACCAUGAGUUCACUUACCACAAGACUAAAGGAGAGGGAGCUCUUUGCAGCAUUCCCAUAGAAAACAUCCUGGCUGUGGAAAGGCUGGAGGAGGAGUCAUUUAAGAUGAAAAAUAUGUUCCAGGUCAUCCAGCCAGAGCGGGCGCUCUACAUCCAAGCCAACAACUGCGUGGAGGCGCGAGAUUGGAUCGACAUCUUAACCAAAGUCAGCCAAUGCAACCGCAAACGUCUCAGCACCUAUCAUCCUUCAGCCUACCUCAACGGCCACUGGCUGUGCUGCAAGCUUUCUGCCGACACGGCGCCUGGCUGUACGCCCUGCACCGGCGGGCUCCCAGCCAACAUCCAGCUGGACGUGGACGGCGAUAGAGAGACUGAGAGGAUCUAUUCCCUGUACAGCACGUACAUGACCAAACUAAUCAAGAUGGAAGAGGCCUGCGGCAGCAAGUCGGUGUACGACGGACCCGAGCAAGAAGAAUAUUCCAGCUUUGUCAUUGACGACCCGCAGGAGACCUACAAAACUCUGAAGCAGAUCGUUUCAGCCGUGCAGACCUUGGAGCAGCAGCAUACCAAGUACAAGCGAGACAAGUUCAAGAAGACCAAGAUAGGCAGCCAAGAACAUCCAAUAGGGGACAAAAGUUUCCAGUGCUACAUCCGUCAGCAGUCGGAGAGCUCCACCUAUUCCAUCUGAGCGUCACUCUGGAGACUCCUUCUGUCAAGUUCACAAUCGGGCACGUUGGAGUCGACAGUAAACGCCUCGUGCUGAAUUCAGGGAAAUGACGACUUUUACGUUUCCUACGAGGGAAACGGAACCGCACAGGGCUGAGCUGAAGAUGCCAAGAUGGAUGGAGAAACUGACCUGGGAUCAGUUGUGACUGAAAAGGAACCGGAGUGGAGGAGGAGGAAGAAGUGUUCAUCCUUUCGGCGAUGUGACGAAACUUUUCACUGGACAGCUUUGACAGUGAACGAGACGCACUUUAAUCACCUCCGAAUCAAUGCACGAAUGAGACGUUUAAAAAAACAAAACUAUAUUUUACAGCUUUGAUUUAUAUAUGACGGCUGUUGUAAUGUUAUAUCGCAUUUCGCAGAUGGAAACUUCAGAAGGAGCAGUAUUUUCAAAUUUUUUUUUGAAAUAGCUCACCAAAAUGGAUUUCCGGGACCAAGUCUGGCGUGAGCGAGAUCACUGCCGUCGUUUAUCAUCCGUGCGCUGAACAGUCGCUGAGCUUUUAUUUGCCGUCGUGUUUUGAAGUCAAGCCCUGGCCGAGCCGCUUCAGUGAGAUUUGAACCCAAUUCAAAAACCUGAAAGGCGUUUCUGUUUUAUGUUUUAAAAACUGCCUCAGACGUUGGCUUCGCGUGACUUCGCUGUUGGAGGUCUCAGCCGUCAAGAUGGAGGUGGUGUCAAGCCAUCCGAUCGUUUUUAUCGACCAUAUGUACACCAAUCGUUUCGUUUAGACCAUUUACUCAUGACAAGUCAUGAACAAACAAGUGAUGGGAAAACGAAGCUUCAAAUUUGCUUCACGAAACAGUUUUUUUUACCGCCUCUAGAUGGCACUGUUGGCUUAAAGAAAGGUUUUUAAUAAGUGCCAAGGUAUUGUGCUUUGUGCAGAGAGCGCCAUCUACAGGAGUAAAAAAAAAAACACAGCAACUGGUUCAUGAAGCAAAUCUGAACCUUCAUUUUCCCGUCACAACGUCAUUAAGCAUUUUUUUCAGUGGACACAAUUUCAACAGCGUUGAAUGAUUUCAUCCACACAUCUACUACGUGAUCCAUUUUCAGUCCAGGUUUGAUGACAGCAAACAUUGUCCUGAAACGAUCAAAUUAGACACAUGGCGCAGAUCUCAAGUCACUGAGAUUUGUCUUUUAGCUUUACUCUUGAUGAACUCUUCUGACAUUCGACCCAUUUCAAGUUAUCGUGAAACGGGCGCCAUUGUUACAAGCUGCCUAAAAACUCGGUUUUAGCAACAAUACCUGUGUCGCCAUGGAAACACAGGCCUGUAGUGUCAAAUGGAUUUGAGAUGCUGCCAAGCUUCAUCAGCACCUCCUAUUCCCUCAAAGGUACUGAGCGCUUUUUAAUCUUGCUAACACUUGUGUAAGUUGUCCUUGCAACAUCUCUUUGUUGAAUUCAUAAUUGUAAUGACUUUUUCUUGCCAAAUCAGUGCGCGUGUCAUCACAGCAGACUGAUGUCACUUCUUUGUCCAAUAGACACCAUUCACAAGCUUCUUUUUUUUUGUCCUCAUAUCUUCCAAUUGUAAGCACCUCCGUGGUGGUCAGUGCCAGUCUUUUUUUUUUUUUAAUAUAAAGUCCUCUAAAAAACAAAACAAAAAAAAACUGAUGCAUCAGAUGUGUUUUUAUAUAUAUAUAUAUAUAUAUAUAAAUGUGAUGUUGGGUAAACUUUUUAUGUUAGCUGUUUCUAUGAAUUUGUGGCUGUCAUACAAACAUCUCGCUGUGCUUCUGAAGUGUGUUCAUGUGUGUGUGUGUGUGUGUGUGUAACUGACAUGCCAAGUGAAUUGACCCAGUGUUAGCGGUGAGAAGGCAGCAUGCCAGUUGUCAACUAUAUUUUUGAAUAGCUCACUGCCAGGAAUAAUACUCAGAACAGUACGCCAACUGUCUGGUAUUGUUCUUGUUUUUCUUAAUAUGUUGAACCUUAGUUCUUUCUCAUGAAACUUAAUUACGUCUCCCCAAACUUGUGUCCACUAAACUCCUCAGGUUUGGAAUGUUAACCACACAACCAAGCCCAUUCAGUUGCUUUUUUUUUUUUUUGAACCUUGUAAACAUCAGCUUUGGGGAAGAGUCAUUCAAGUAACGGCAAUUU